CUGAUCCAGUGCUCAGCUGCGGAUGGAUGACAGUAUGAGAUGAGUUAGUUAGACUGGAUCCGCUGACUCCAGCUCUCAGUCAGUCAGUGUGUUCAAUGGGUUAAUUUAUGUUCUGUGAGGAAUCUAUCUUCUUCUUUCUCUGGAACCUGCCGUUUCUUGUUUUGUGACUGUAAAUGCCCAGCGACAGCUCUUGGACAACAAUAUCCAGAUGGACUGCUGAUUUGAGAGCGGUGUUUAUUGAUUCUUUUUAUGAGGCUCGUGUGUGUAUGGCAGUCGAAAAUCUAUGAGCAGCUUUUUUGCGAUGUGAAUCAAUUGAGCUCGGGAACUAUGAGCAGGAAUUCGCUUAGAUCAUGGAAGUACUGAAAAAUCCGGGGGCUCAUUAGAGCUGAUUGGAGUUGGAGGAAAAGUCCAACGGGUUUUAUUGCUUUUGGCUGGAAGUCGGACGUGUUGUUUUUUUCGGAUAACAAUCAGGAAAAAGGUCCACUGUCCACUGUCUUUCGCACCCGAUGGCUAAAAAUAAUUAUGUAGCCUAAAAUCGCGAAUGAGAUCUGGAGAAUUUCCUCAUAAUUCAGCGAGAAUCUAUGAUCCAGAUUUUAGCAGCGGGAUAAUCUGGAUCCUGUAGCGACAUCGGCUCGGAACAUCAACCCUUCAAGAUCUAAGGGAUCACUUUCAAAAUCGCGCAUCAUCACCACUAAAGGGAGAAGAUGCCGUUCCACCAUGUGACGGCAGGAUUGCUGUACAAGGGCAACUUCUUGAGUCGCUCACUGUCAGAACACAGCAAUAGCGAACAGCUCGCCAGCAUCUCUGUGGAGGAACUAGAUGAGAUCCGGGAGGCGUUCAGGGUCCUGGAUCGGGAUGGCAACGGGUUCAUCUCCAAGCAGGAGCUUGGCAUGGCCAUGCGCUCACUGGGGUACAUGCCCAGUGAAGUGGAGCUGGCAAUCAUCAUGCAGAGAUUGGACAUGGAUGGUGAUGGACAGGUGGACUUUGAUGAGUUCAUGACGAUACUCGGACCUAAGCUCCUGUCUUCAGAAACACGGGAAGGCUUCCUUGGAAACACAAUAGACAGCAUAUUCUGGCAGUUUGACAUGCAGCGGAUAACACUGGAGGAGCUGAAACACAUCCUUUUUCAUGCCUUCCGGGACCACCUGACGAUGAAGGACAUCGAGAACAUCAUCAUCAAUGAGGAGGAGAGCUUGAACGAGAACUCGGGGAAUUGUCAAACAGAGUUUGAGGGAGUUCAUCCUAAAAAGAAGAAUCGACAGACGUGCGUGCGCAAGAGCCUGAUAUGCGCUUUCGCCAUGGCCUUCAUCAUCAGCGUCAUGCUCAUCGCGGCCAAUCAGAUGCUGCGCAACGGCAUGGAGUAGCGACACCACUGUGAGCGGGGCCGAGCCUGCAUGUGCAUGUCUGUCGAUGGAGAUGUUGAAACUAACAAAUAAACACUCGAGAGACAAAACCAAACACCUCACUACUGAAAAGAGGAGCUUUUUGUUCUUUUCUCUUUUUUUAUAUGUAUUCUCCUGUUACUUUUCCACGCGGACUAAGUGACGCAGGAAGUGUGCGGCGAGCCAAGCCAGCAUGUUACACGGGGCCUCAUCUCUCAGGCAAGGACUUUAAAGGGCUGACUUUCUGCUUGUUUCGUGCCACCUCUGUUCCCUAAUGCAAUAACACGCAGGAGUUCAUAAGCACCUCUCCUGCAACGCCGUCUCCUCCGUGUCUCCAGAUAUUUCAGCCGGGAUUCUGCUGGAUUCGGGUCUGAUGUCGAUGUUGGAAGGCAAAAGUAAUUGGCAACUCAUUACACCUUUGUGGAGGGAGGGUUACAGCAUCCACUCUGGAGACUAUUUAUGUCUGCUCUUGCCAGAGUUCUUCUCUGGUUUGGGGGAUGGUGGGAGGCUGAGGAAGGAGAGUUCGUUGAAGACCAUAAUUAAAUUCAUAGUCGUCAGCUUCAAAAAUUCAUGAGCCUGACUCAUAGUUUUGAUCAUUUCGAAUCGGUUCUGCUAUUUGAUUGUGCAAUCUUACCAUGUCUAAUGCUUUUUCUGAAGUGGUUUGUAAUGAACACGCCCACGUGAAAUAUUGAAACGCCACAGAAAGUUGCACAGAUUUCCACAGAAUUGGAAAUACCGUCAUUUAGUACUCAUUCCAUCCCCACUAUGUUUGUUCAGUACAUACUGGUGGAGCAUGGCUCUAGAAACAGGUUCGAUUCCCAGGGAAUGCACAUAAUUAUAUAUAUAAAAAAAAAAAUAGAGACAGACCGAUAAAGGAUUUUGAA